AUGGCAGCUUCAGGAGGCUUAUGGCAGCUUCAGGAGGCCUAUGGCAGCUUCAGGAGGCUUAUGACAGCUUCAGGAGGCUUAUGGCAGCUUCAGGAGGCUUAUGGCAGCUUCAGGAGGCCUAUGACAGCUUCAGGAGGCUUAUGUUCAGCUAUAGUCACCAUACUACACAACAGUUCAGCUAUAGUCACUAUACUACACAACAGUUCAGCUAUAGUCACCAUACUACACAACAGUUCAGCUAUAGUCACCAUACUACACAACAGUUCAGCUAUAGUCACUAUACUACACAACAGUUCAGCUAUAGUCACCAUACUACACAACAGUUCAGCUAUAGUCACCAUACUACACAACAGUUCAGCUAUAGUCACUAUACUACACAACAGUUCAGCUAUAGUCACCAUACUACACAACAGUUCAGCUAUAGUCACCAUACUACACAACAGUUCAGCUAUAGUCACCAUACUACACAACAGUUCAGCUAUAGUCACCAUACUUCACAACAGUUCAGCUAUAGUCACCAUACUACACAACAGUUCAGCUAUAGUCACCAUACUUCACAACAGUUCAGCUAUAGUCACCAUACUACACAACAGUUCAGCUAUAGUCACCAUACUUCACAACAGUUCAGCUAUAGUCACCAUACUUCACAACAGUUCAGCUAUAGUCACCAUACUACACAACAGUUCAGCUAUAGUCACCAUACUACACAACAGUUCAGCUAUAGUCACCAUACUACACAACAGUUCAGCUAUAGUCACCAUACUACACAACAGUUCAGCUAUAGUCACUAUACUACACAACAGUUCAGCUAUAGUCACCAUACUACACAACAGUUCAGCUAUAGUCACCAUACUACACAACAGUUCAGCUAUAGUCACCAUACUACACAACAGUUCAGCUAUAGUCACCAUACUUCACAACAGUUCAGCUAUAGUCACCAUACUACACAACAGUUCAGCUAUAGUCACCAUACUUCACAACAGUUCAGCUAUAGUCACCAUACUACACAACAGUUCAGCUAUAGUCACCAUACUACACAACAGUUCAGCUAUAGUCACCAUACUACACAACAGUUCAGCUAUAGUCACCAUACUACACAACAGUUCAGCUAUAGUCACCAUACUACACAACAGUUCAGCUAUAGUCACCAUACUACUCAACAGUUCAGCUAUAGUCACCAUACUACACAACAGUUCAGCUAUAGUCACCAUACUUCACAACAGUUCAGCUAUAGUCACCAUACUACUCAACAGUUCAGCUAUAGUCACCAUACUACUCAACACAUAG